AUGAAGUGCCUCAUCCUCGCCGGCGGCCACGGCACGCGGCUGCGUCCUCUCACGCUGACGGUCCCGAAGCCGUUCAUGCCGUUCUGCAACAGACCGAUCGUCGAGUACCAGAUUGAGGCUAGCCUCGAGGCAGGCGUGGACCACCUCAUCCUCGCGAUUCCGCAGGACCAACGCAGCAUGCUUCCCAUGAUCGACAAGCUCAGUGAGAAGUACAACGUUCGCAUCGACUGCUCCAUCGAGUCUGAAUCGCUUGGCACCGCCGGGCCGCUCAAGCUCGCCGAGAAGCUGCUGUGCGAUCCGGAGGACGACUGCAACGACUUUUUGGUGCUGAACAGCGACGUCAUCAGCAACUACCGCUUCUCCGAGCUGGUCGCGGCCCACCGCCGCAACUCCGCGGACGCCACCAUAUUGGUCACCGAAACCGCCAACCCCAGCGACUUCGGCGUGAUCGUGCAUGAACCGGACUAUCGCAUAAAGGCGUUCGUGGAGAAGCCGACGGAGUUCAUCUCCAACGAGAUCAAUGCGGGCGUCUACGUGUUGAACAAGUCGCUGAUAUCGCACAUACCCUUGGGGAACGUAUCUAUUGAGCGUUACUUAUUCCCCAAGCUUGUGGCCAUGGGCCGUACCUUCUGCCACCCGCUGAGUGGCAUCUGGGCCGACAUCGGGAAGCCCAAGGAUUACCUCCACGCCCAGGGGCUGUACAUAUCAGGUCACGCGCACAACGAGCUGGCCCAUGCCACCCUCUGCGGCACUGAUGGCAGCGAGUGUCCCGAGGAGGGCCCGCUGGUGGCCGUGAAGACCAAGGGCGGUCUGCUCAUUCGUCGUAAAGCCGAGUGCGACGCGGGUGCCGAAUGGACCGCAGGUACCGCAGGAACCGCAGGAACCGCAGGAGACGUGACAGACGAGAUCAGCGCCUACCCUAACAUCGGCAAGGACGUGGUGAUUCACCCUCCGGUGCUCAUCCACCCUUCAUCCAGCAUUGAUCGGGGAUGUGUGCUGGGCCCGAACGUCUGCGUCGGCCCGAACACGGUCAUUGGUGAGGGCUGCAGAAUCCUGCAAUCCACGAUCCUCGAAGGCGCUCGUCUGGGCGCGCACAUCUACGUGGAAGGCAGCAUCGUCGGCUGGGACUGCCGCAUCCACCCCUGGGUGCGAGUGGAGGGUCUGAGUGUGUUCGGCAAGAACGUCGCGGUGUCUGAGGGCCUCUUCGUCCGGGAGUGCAUCGUCCUUCCGCACAAGGUAAUCAGCAAGAGCAUCCAUGAGAGUGGCAGUAUUAUAAUUUGA